AAGAAAGAUGACAAGCAAUUAAUUGGUAUUGAUUUAAACGUAUUUCAAUUUUAACUGCCAAAUAAAAAUGCGACUCCAUAUAACGUUGACAAUUCACAUCGCUCUCGAAGUGACUCCGAGAGACUAGGAUUAGGUAAUUCCUACAGCCGACUACGUAUUACACGAAGAGAUUUAAACUGAAUUAACCGUUCGAUCGGAAAAUUGGAAUGCCACACAGAUAAUUACCUGACACUCACAGAAAAGGAAGUCUCUUAGAAACGAGAUUCAAAUAAGCGUGGUCGAAGGAGCAAGUCGGGCGAGUGGCCCGCGCGGCCUUUAUCACGGGAAAAAUAACUGAUAAUGUCGAUAUCUUUAGACUGCAAUUGGAACCAGAUACAGGAGGGAUCGGAUUGAAUAAAGCGCAAGCUAGCGCAGAAAUUUCGUAUGGACUACAUGUGGGCACAUUCCUACAAGACGUUCUACAGACUCCACGACUUGGCCACCAAUUGGCAACAAGCGCGACAAAUGUGCGAAUCGGAAGGCACGACGCUUCUCAUUCCAGACACGCUGGAUGAAGUGGAAAACUUAAAGCUGCUCAUGAGCAACAUGAAGGCUCAUUACACUGCAAUAUUUGUUGGAAUACACGACUCGUUUGCCGUCGGCAACUUUGUUACCGUGAGGGGGGAACCCAUAGCUGGCACAACCCUAGAACUUCUGUGGGCCGAAGGUCGACCAGACAAUCUGAAUGGUUCAGAACAUUGCGUGGUAAUGACCAGAGAGGGACUUUUUGAUGAUCGACCAUGUUCAAACAUUUACCCGUUUGUUUGUAAGAUUUUGGGAAAUGACACGAAAUACAAUGAUGAUUGCGACAAUUUUGAUUCAGAUUACGCCCGACAUCAGGCAAUAAGUGGUAAAUGUUACAAGUUUCACUCUGAACCGUUAUCUUGGCAUGAUGCCUAUUUGGCCUGCAAGCUGGAGGAAGGACGUUUAGCUAUUAUCAAUUCCGCUAAAGAAGCUAGCAUCGUCGUUGGGUUUCUCGGAGAUAAUUUGAACAGCAAUACCCCCGACCCCAACAUUUUGUACCUCGGAUUCAGUGAUCUGAUGUUCCCAUAUCAAUAUAGAACUAUUGAUGGUCAAACUUUAGAUGAAGCAGGCUACGCAUCAUGGACUCCUAUGCAAGAGAAUUUGAAGCACAAGAAGUUAAAACGAUGUGGAGCUAUUUCUAGAACUGGUUUUCUUCUCAUAACGUUCUGUGACCGACCUGCUAUGUUCUUGUGUGAAAGAAUUCUGAACACAAAUUUAACUUCGAAUACGGAAUAGUUAUGUUUGACUUAUUUAAGAUCAAAAAUAAAAUAAAAAUUAUACUC